GGGAGACCUCUUUUGACCGACCGACCAUGAACACCGGCAAAACGACACGGAAAACGGACAAGGCCUACUUCGAAGAUCGGAACAUACAUACUGAAGAAACAACCACUGAAAUGAAACUAACGGCUAUGCAAGAUAAUCUAUGUUUUCUGGGUGCUACUAAUGAAUGUAGUUUUCUGGACCACUUAGUGCCAGUACAAGUAUGAGCCUAAGUAUCAUUACUUACGAGAAAUGUUGGGGUUUUCCUUGUGUUUGUCAAGGAGUACAGCUGCUGUCCUCAACGUCAGCUGUUUUGUAGUUGUGCUGCCCAUGUGUAGGGGAUUCUGUUAUCUCCUCUAUUUGCUUGCUGGCAAGCAUCCAUGUUUCUCGAUUCGUUGCUGGAUCGACGAAAGUAAAAACAUUCACAUCAUCUGUGAUUCCACUAUUGUUGUAGCAUCAAUUCUUCAUUCCGUCUCUCACGUGAUUAAUGCUCAAAGCUUCUCACGUCAUUAUAAUUAUCACUUCAGGGAUGUGAACGUUGCUAAUUUUUGUGGACAGGACCCUUUGGAUACAAUACUCGGAACAGUUCCUGGUGUGACGGGGGUUGCAAUGGUCCUUGUCCUCUGUUUGUUGUGUUCUUCUUCAGUGUCACAUGUCAGGUAUGUUUAAAACAAGUUAGUUGCU